AUGGCAGCAACACUACCAAUUGAUUCAUUCGUUGACAAAACAGUCCAAUUAGCUAAACGACUUUCAGAAACUGAUGUUAGUAUACCUAAUGACUUAACACAAGUUGAAAAAUCAUUAAUUGAUUUAAGAACAAGUGUAUUGUAUAGUCGAAUGGAUCAACAAGAAAAAAAUCGAUUUAUACGUCAUAUUACUGACAUAAAAGAUUCUGUUAAUUUAACAACAAAUAUAACACAUAAAAUUCUAGCAUCAUUCGUUCGUGCACUAUCAAAAUUGGAGAUUUUUUCAUCUCAUCUGCUGAGAUUGUUGACAAAUAAAAAAGUGAAAGCGGACGAUAAAAAUGAAACUGAAUCAAAGUUUGAAGAAGUGCUGCAACACACUAAAGUGGAAGUCGAUCGUAUUACGAACAAUGCAGAAGAUGUAUAUAGAAUGUUGGGUACGCUGCAUUCCCAUUUAGAAAGACUUUUAACUGAACAAAAAUAUGUUUCAACAUUUUCACAUAUAUUUUUAGAAAAUCUUAUGGAAAAAAUUAGUGUAUUAAAUAGUACUGUAGCUGAGUCUCAACAAACAGAUACUAAAAACUUUGAUGAAGAUGAACAUGAUUUAUCUGUAGAAAAAAUUUGUCGAAUGACAAUUCGUGAAGAAAAUGUUAAUAAAAAUAAAUAUCAACGAAAUUUGGAAGUAUUCGAUCAAUUUCCAGAAUAA